AGAAUAACUUGGCGUAAAAGUAGUUAAUUUAAUCGUUUGGCAUUGGCCAGUCUUAUCACAGAUUAAUUGAAUUCAAUAAAAUUUGUUUUGUUAACCAUGAAAGGUCUGGAUUGGAUCAUUUUAUCAUCGAGAGUUCGAGCUGUUAUUACUAUUACAUAAACGAUGUUUUGCAAUAUCUACACAUUGGCUUUGGCCCUACUGGGUUUCGUUGUUCUACUAAAUUUUUUGUACAUCAAUUUUUGGGGCCUCCUACAACUAGCUCACUCUAUUCUGGCACCAUAUUUCAUCGCUCACGAGGAAAACACAACAUUGGCAAAAAAAUACGGCUCAUGGGCAUUAAUAACAGGAAGCACAGAUGGCAUUGGGAAAGCAUAUGCUACAGAACUUGCUAAGAGAGGCAUUAACUUGAUACUGGUAAGCAGAAAUAAAGAGAAAUUGGAGAAUACUGCCAGAGAAAUUGAAUCAAAAUAUUCAGUGAAAACAAAGAUAAUCACUGCAGAUUUCUCACAAGGAGUGAAAGCAAUAGACAUCAUCAAAAACGAACUGGGAAGUAUUGAAAUAGGUAUUUUAGUGAACAAUGUUGGAAAACAAUACGAAUAUCCGAUGUAUUUGGAAGAAGUGCCAGAGGAGGAUCUAUGGGAUAUAGUUAAUAUCAACGUUGGAGCGGUUACUAUGAUGUGCAGAGCAUUUAUUAAGGAUAUGAAAAAAAGGGGAAGAGGCGCUAUAGUCAAUGUUUCCUCAGGAUCAGAAUUACAACCCCUGCCUUUCAUGACUGUAUAUGCCGCAACUAAGGCUUAUAUAAAAAGUUUCACAACUUCUCUUCGAUAUGAAUAUGGUGAAUAUGGCCUGACAAUUCAACACCUCAGUCCAUUUUUCGUGAAUACAAAAAUGAAUAGAUUCUGUGAAAGGUUCCAGAAGACAACCUAUAUUGUGCCAGAUGCCGAGAUGUAUGCAAGGUAUGCUGUAUCUACUCUGGGCAAACAGGAUAAAUCGACAGGUUACUGGUGUCAUGGGGUGCAGUACUUCCUCGCUGAGAUAGCCCCAGAAUGGCUCAGGAUGCAUAUUGGUGGUCAAAUGAAUAAGUUUUUGAGAAAUGAAUAUCUGAACAAAAUCAAGAGUUCCUGAAGUUUAAUGGAUAAUUGUGUUGAUAUUUCAUUCCGCCAUCUCCAAGAGAUAUAGAACCUUUAAAUUAUUUAUCGUCAUCACUGAGUGUACAUAGUUGAAUUCG